CCCCCAUUCUCCGCAGCAGGCAACCACAAUAAUUUCAGAGGGUUCUGUGCUGUACAGGGUCGAUUCCUUGGUCAACCCGUAACCCGGGUCGAAGGAGGCUCUUCAUUUAGAAACAAAAAGGACAAAGCCCCCGGGACCUCGUCAUUUGGCGCUUACUCUUCCUUUUUCUCUCCUCUCCAAAGCCCUGGUGCCUACUCACUCAGCCCUCGGCCUUUCCCUAUGGAGUUACUUUCUCACCUUCGAGGGCUCAUGGGCCAUCGAGUUGAGCUUCAGCCUUUGAGCCAGUGCUUACCCUCAGAAGCUACUAACCCAAGCAGGGACGAUCUUGCGAUUGAUCUGUCCUGCGCGCAGUCCCGACGUAACGGUUUCCCGGGUCAGCACAUUGCAACUGCAAAAGCGCAUUGAGGCCUCACCGACAUUGAGGUCCUCAGAUCGCAGGCUGCCACUGAACUAAUCCAUCAAGGUUUGCUUUCCACUUGGUGCAGCUGCUCUCCCGGUAUCGCCGUCACCAAGUCAAGGCUGGCUGAUCAGCCACCGACGUGCCCAAGCUUAUACGGAUCCGAUUUUGGGGAAGGCCUCGCGAUGGCCCUGCCUGGGCCUGCCCAUGAUGUGCAACUAGUUGCACGGCCAUGAUUGCCCAGUUGGGUUCCUGAUAGCACUGGGACGGAUGCCACUUCGCACGGAACGCCCGACCGGGACUACACGUGACCGUCCGCAGACGCGAGUUUUCUCUUCAGCUCUCCUCUGCUAAACUUCCAAAACGUCGUCAGAGCUCCGAAAUUGAGCAGGGGGGUUCGUGGCUAGCCCAGACUCGAUUCGACACAGAGGCUCUCGUUCGUGAUUCGAUAAUCACGAGUCCUGGCACUGCCAAGAGCGGGCCAGAGCCACCGACCAGUCCAAUCAUCUCCGUCCCCGCGGAAUUCCACAGCAUUUCCAAAGUGGGUCCAUGCGUGGCCGGUGUCCUCUCCAAUGUGCCACAACGAUCAUCGGCGUCUGUGCCAGUUGAGCAUCUUUCCUGGUGGCUGCACUCCUGCUCGCCCGUCAUCAUCGGUGUGGGAGAAUCCAAGCCAUGACAUGUCCUGCAAAGAAAAGCUAACCACAUGGGGAUACGACAUGAUGAUGACGAUGAUGGAGGAAGGUGCAUGUUGCCAAGAAACUCAAGCUCGUGGGACUAAAAGCUUCCCCUAGCCGAAGCCUUUCUCUGCCUGCUUGGUGUCGCUUGGGUUUCCUUGGUUCUCCGUGGUGACAGCCCGUGUUUCGGGUAAGGGGGAGGGGAUCCUCUCCCAAGGAAAUCAGCAUCACCAAGUGCCAACUCAUCACCACCAUCGUCACCCUCAUGGCGGCCUAAACCUGCACAGAAAUUCCCAUAUAUCCUUCUCAUCAGUUUCCUUGAAUUUGCAUUCUAACCAGGAUCGAUUGAGAAUACUCCGGUCGCAUUCUAGUGCUGUGUUAUACCAAAUACUUGGUGCCAAGCGUACUUCGUACCCGGCGGGAACUUGCGAUCGCCGGGCCCACGACCACGAAUAUUGUGGCUGUGCUGGCAAAUUAUUGAAGGCCAAAAGUUAACCCUGAGCGAGAGUCCUUUCAUCAUUCUGAAAUCAAAUCGGCCCUUUGGCUCUCCAGCUAUUCUCCUCGGGCACCAACUCUCCCUUUGUAUUUCCUUUUUCUUCCUGCGCCAAUUCCUUCCACUCAUUCCUUGUGGUGCCGCGACUCUUCUUGUUGACAACUCGCAUGAUUACGCGACUUCUCCCCCCCUCCCCUUGCUUGAUCUCCUCCACCGAUUCCAAUUCUUGAUUCCCUGGACGAUCCCACUUUCACAAAAUCACACAAAAGCAACCGGAUUGUUGUGAUUCAAUAGUCUCCACACCUGCUCUUUCCUAUUCUAAUUCUUGCCUCUCUUUCUCCUGUGGCUGCGUUCGAACUGCGCCACGUCGCGUCCCCCCGUAUUCGCAACUUCAAUUAUCGCUCUCUCCACCAUUCGCCUCUCUGGAAUUUGUAUGGUCGAAUAAAUUUGGAACUUCCAAUCUCACGUACGUGGCUUUCAACGUUGGGACUCGUGUGGCUGGUUUCAUCCUUCCAGAUGGCAAAUUAGCGCAUGUGCAGACUUGAGGCUGUUGCAUCAAAGCAGAGCUUCAUUUCAAAGACUGCACCCCUGCUCUUUGCUUGAACUUUCAUUGUUCACUCCAGAGACUGGUCGCUGUUCCGAAUCUUAUCAAAGACUAACAUCCCGAUCAGUUACCUGAAACCUCAUCCUCGCGUCGGUUCUAGGACACAUUUCUCAUACUACUGAAUUACCAUCGAUCAUAAUGCAUAUUUAUCGCCGUCAGGCCCGCAAACUCGCCUGGUACGACCAAGAUGGCGAGCCAUCCUCACACAACCCCUUCAAGAAAUUCCGCCGGCGCCCUCGCCGCACCGCCUCCAUUCAACUAGAAGACCAAGCACUCCACUCCCGGAGCAUGGGUGACCUGCGCCUCCCAGAGGACCAACGGCGUCGUGCCGAGUUCAACAACGACCUCGAAGGUCCCGCCUACGCAGGCACAUUCCCACCCGAAUCAGCCGGCAGCUACGGCCCCGCAGGAUCCAAUCUCAGCCAGGAACCCAUUAACGAUUCGGCAGACCUGUCGACAGCGCGGGGGCUUGACCUCGAAGCCGAGAUUGAAGGAAACGGCAAUGCGAAUGCCAACGUGAAUGGGACCCAGGCGCGCCAGCGCAAAGGCUUCUUUAGCAAGUUUGGCCGCCAUAAGGAGGAGGAAACGUCUUUACCAGAACCAGAUGAUGAGAAGCCCGCCGAGGCUCAUAAGUUCACGGUGGCAAGCCAGAUCCGCGCGACAGUGCUCAACUCAUGGAUCAACGUGCUUAUCCUUGCCGCGCCCGCGGGUAUCGCCUUGCAUGUGGUCAAUGCGAACGCGAUCGCUAUUUUCGUGGUCAACUUCAUCGCGAUCAUCCCGCUCGCUGCGAUGCUGAGUUAUGCGACGGAAGAAAUUGCUAUGCGCACUGGUGAAACGAUUGGUGGAUUGCUGAAUGCCUCGUUCGGUAAUGCGGUCGAAUUGAUCGUUGCUAUCAUCGCGCUGGUUAAGAAAGAGGUUCUUAUCGUGCAGACCUCGCUGAUCGGUAGUAUGCUUUCCAAUCUGUUGCUGGUCAUGGGUAUGUGUUUCUUCUUCGGUGGUGUGAACCGCGUUGAGCAACAUUUCAAUGUCGUUGUUGCGCAGACAGCGGCGAGUUUGCUCGCGCUGGCUGUGGGUAGUUUGAUAAUUCCCACUGCCUUCCACACGUGGUCUGAUUCCAAUAAGGAGAACACUGCUCCCGUUUCGCGAGGUACCUCCGUCCUGCUACUCAUCACCUACGGCUGCUACCUUUUCUUCCAACUCAAAUCCCACACGGACAUGUAUAAUGAGCCGUCCAAAAAGGUCGAAAAACGCUCCAAAAAGAGCGGCGAUGCUAACCGCGGCAUCGCGCAAAUCGGCAAAAUGACCGCCCGCACCAUGGGCGGCUCCAACGCCCAAGAAGUCAACAUCCAGGACGACGACGACGAAGCCGAGCAGCCGCAAUUGUCCAUGCCUGUCGCCUUGCUGACUCUCGGCGUUUCAACUGCGCUCGUGGCUGUUUGUGCUGAGUUUAUGGUUGAUUCUAUUGAUGCGUUGACUGCGACGGGUGGUAUCAGUGAGACCUUUGUUGGAUUGAUCCUUUUGCCUAUCGUUGGUAAUGCCGCGGAGCAUGCUACCGCUGUCACGGUUGCUUGUAAGGAUAAGAUGGAUUUGGCGAUCGGUGUGGCCGUUGGGUCUAGCAUGCAGAUUGCCUUGUUGGUUUUGCCGUUUAUUGUUGUCUUGGGCUGGAUCAUGGGUAUUGAUGAUAUGACCCUCAACUUUGACAGUUUCGAGAUCAUCUUGCUCUUUGUGUCUGUUCUUUUGGUCAACUACCUUAUUGGAGACGGCAAAUCUCACUGGCUUGAAGGCGUCCUGCUCAUGAUGAUGUAUCUGAUUAUCGCUCUUGCCGCUUGGUUCUUUUAAUUUGGCUUUGGGAGUCAUCCGAGCGAUAAAUACUUCGCACCAUAUCGUUCCUUUCUUGGUUUUGGGAAUAUACCCUGUCUUGUAAUUUAUUUGACCUUUCACGUUUGUCUCAUGCCUCGUCAUCUACAAAAAAUCUAUUCUGUAAUAUUGGGACCUGUUAUUUACUAGAUGCGAUUAGCUUUGCCGUUCCCGGUCUAGCGCCCUGAUACAACUGUCAUGUAACCUCUUCCUCCAUCGCUC